GCGCAUCCACUCUAGCAACAAAUCCUCCGGCUGAGGCAGGAGCGAUCGAUGGCAGAGCACCGCGAGCAGCCGCCGACGAGCAUGGCUCGCGCCGACGAUAGCUGGGAGCACGUGGCUGAGGAAGAGGUAGCCAAGAAGCUCUCGAGCAUGCAGAUCCACGUGCCCAAAAACGACCCGCCGUCCAACGAUGGCGCCACGACGGCGACGCUGUCGAGCCCUGUGAGCCGCGGUGGCGCCGCGGCCGUCUCUGCUGCGUCAUCUUCUGGCCCACUCGACCCUGUCUUGGUCGGUGCGCUCGAGAACCCUCGCGAGCGCUUGACGCUACUCAAGUUUGAAGAUCAGAUCGUCAGCUUCAUCCGCGCCGGCCGGGAGAUGCAACUCGUGUUUCCGCCGCUCUCAUCGUACCACCGGCUGAUCGUGCAUCGACUCGCCGACCGUUGCUUUCUCGAGCACGAAACAGGAGAUUACAACCCGUACGCUGGCGGCUUUGACGCUGGGAGCGCGGCGCGGGUUGUCACGCUCUUUCGGACACCGCGCUGCGCCGUGCCGCCCGUCCUCUUUAUCGACCUCUCGGCCGAGCAGAACCAGCCGCAGCCGCCGCACCACCACACGAUCGCGCCCAAGAUCAUGACGCGCAAGACCAACAAUGACAAACAGAAGAAGCACGCCAAGACGCCGGGCGCCGACGCACGGUCGCGGAACCUCGAAGACCGCGAAAAGGCGUAUGCCGAAGCUCGCGCGCGCAUCUUUGGCGAGACGGCCGACGCGCCGGCCAAAGCAGCGCCGACCAAAGCCGCCAAGCAGCCCGAGAAGCCGCGGCCGCAAAACUGGAAAGAGAGCAAAGUGACGUGGCGCAACCGCGAGCAAGAACUCAACGAUCCGGACUUUACGCGGCACCGAACGCCGUACCGAGCGCCGCCGACGUACCACCAGCACCAGCCGUCGCCGGUCGGGUACUAUGCGCCGCGGCCGGUUCUGGACCCGACCAACGAGUACAGUCGAGGCGAUGCGAGUGCGUACCGGCCGCCCCCACCGCCGAACAGCUACUACCAGCAACCGCCGCCGCGGAGCUACUCGGGCUUUGCGCCGCGACCGAUGCAGCGGACUCUCGAGAAGCCCAACCUCACGUGCACCGACGACUUUCCGCCGCUCGGCCAGUAAGAGGCGUGUAUAAAGAACGUCCAUUUUAUUAACUAGACCUGGCGCUUCUGCUGCUUGUGGUGCUUCUUGCCCGA